UCCUUUCAGUGCCGCACCAAUUUUCUGUUCAACAUCACUACAACCACCACCAACAGAAUAACUGUCCAUUUUGUUGAUUGAAAAAAUAGCAUGACCGUUUGACUAUUCGCAGCAGAGCGUGCCGAGCAAAUUAUAAAUUGAAUUGCGACAAAAAGUUAAAUACAUCAAGCCGAUCAAUUAAAAGUUUUUUUUGAUGCGAUAUGUUUGGACGGUUGGAGCACCGAAGCAGCAAAACGGGUCAGCGAAGUGCGGGGCAGUGAACUGAAUGAUGACAAAGUAGCAGCGACUCCUCGCGCUUUCGAUACCGAGCAUAGUGCAUCCGCUUGGUACGCGGUCCCUACCGUGGUGAGAUAGAACGAAGCAGCUACAAUUGGCGCCCCGCCUCAAUUGGGCUCAAUAGGAUAGCGCUGCACUAAAAAUAGUUUGAAGAUCGAUUCGAUUAGCUACAUAAACUAGCAACAUGUACGGCAUGCUGCUAGAAAGUGUUCAGUACUUUGUACAGCUCGAGUAUGGCGAGCACAUAUGGAGACAGGCGUUACUGACGACCGGCUGCAAGCUAACCGUGUUCAACACGUACCAGCAAUACCCGGAUAGUCUUAUCCCGGACCUGGCGGCGGCCUUAUCGGCAAUUACCGGAAAAAGCAUCGAUGAAUUUAUGGUAUUUUUUGGGCGCUGCUUCGUGCGGUUCUUCAGCAACUUCGGAUAUGACGAAUUGAUCAAGGCUACCGGCCGUUACUUUUGUGACUUUUUACACUCGGUGGACAACAUUCACCUGCAGAUGCGGUUCACCUACCGGAAGAUGAAAAGUCCCUCGAUGCAGCUAACUGAGAUGGACGAGAAUGGAGCGGUGCUGGUUUACCGCAGUACCCGGUCGGGUUUCUCCAAGUAUCUACGCGGUCAGCUGAUGGAAAUUGCGAAAAUGCUGUACAACAUGGAUCUAACGAUCAAGGUGCUGGAGAGUCAAAAUGAUGUCCCGGGUGGUACGGCUGGUCCGAUUUCCAUCCAGGGAGGACUGAAGACGGUCAUCGUGAAGUACCGGUUGGAUUUCGAUAACCGGGAGUAUAUGCGCAAACGCAUCCACAUUGAGGCACACCCAUCGCAGCUGCAGCUGGCUCCGGUGAACAGUGGCCUGCUACUGGAUCUUUUCCCCUUUGCACUGAUCCUGAACGAGCAGAUGGAGAUUACAGCAGCCGGCGAGAAACUGAUCGAAUCGUGGAUGCUGAAUAACGUUAGCUGUUCACCGACGGAAUUGAUGGGUUCGAAGGUGACCGAUUAUUUCAAGCUACGGCGACCAACUGGGAUUACCUUCACUUGGGAGAACAUGAAACGGCUGCAAACAGUAAAUUUCGAGAUUCAACUGCUGAAAGGAUCCUCCAUGAAUGAGACGGAAGAAGCUACAGCUCCGCUAGAUUCCGUCCCCCAGGAAUUUGAUGAUCCCUCAAAGCUAAUGUCCGUUGCGCGGCGUGGAUCACAGGGUUUGAAAAGUAUACUGCUGAAAGGUGAAAUGCGGUAUAUCAAGGACAUCAACUCUUUAGUUUUUCUCUGUAGUCCUUUGAUCAACAAUCUAGAGGAACUGCGCGAAGUGGGGCUCUACCUGAACGAUCUCAACACACAUGGCCUUAGUAGAGAGAUGGUGUUCACCGGAUUUUCGCACAACUCCCGGCUAGAUCUGAUGUGUGAGCGUGAGGAAAAGCGAGCUGAAGAGCUGGAAACAUCGUUGGCCUUGGCCGAUUCGUGGAAACGGCAGGGCGACGAGCUGUUGUAUUCGAUGAUCCCCCGCUCGAUAGCCGAACGGCUGCGAGAGGGUCAGAAUCCUCUGGAGACGUGCCAGAGCUUUGAGGAAGUGACUGUUUUGUUUGCAGAAGUUUCGGAAUCGCUUAUGUCCGACGACUCCAUCAAGUAUGCCAUGACGACGGUGAACACGCUGAAUGCGGCCUUCACUGCGUUCGAUGAGUUGAUACAAUCGCCGAUGGCGUACAAGGUGGAAACAGUUGGCAAGGUGUACAUGGCGGUUAGUGGGGCGCCCGAUGUAAAUCCUUGCCACGUACAGCACACUGCCGAUCUGGCGUUGGGAAUGCUGCGAAGCAUUCAUAAUCUGAACUUGCCGGGAGUUGGAGUGAAAAUCGGGUUCCAUUCCGGACCGAUUGUAGCGGGGAUAGUUGGACUGAAGGUGCCGCGAUACUGUUUGUUUGGUGACACCGUGAACACUGCUUCUAGGAUGGAGAGUAGCAGUGAUAUCAACACGAUUCAGGUCUCCGGAUAUACGGCCAAUAAGCUGCAAAAGUUAGGAUACAAUCUAACGUUCCGUGGAAAGGUGACCGUAAAGGGCAAAGGAGAAAUGGAAACUUUCUGGUUGAACUCUGGUCCCCGGAGUUCCACACUAGGUAGAAAAAUCACGAAAAAGUGAUGGAAGCUCAGCCAGGCGGGACCAUUUUGAUAACUGCCAACGUGCCUUCACAUCUGCAAUUACACCUGUAGGACUCAAUUUAUAAGCUCACAAAGCCUAACACUAAUGUACUCGUAGUGGUGCGAUGGAUCUGUGUUCAUUGAAAGAAUAUAUGUUUAUAGCUGUUGUAUUAAAUCAA